GGCCCGGCCCGGCGCGGCGCGACGCCGGCACCGAUGGGGGUGGCGGAAGCGCUGGGCGCCGGCGCGGCGCGGCUACUCUUCUACCCCUCGCUGCUGUACACGGCGGCGCGGGCGCGGCUGCCGGGGUCUCGCCGGCCCUGGUUCCACCGCAUCGACGAGGCCGUGCUGCUCGGGGCGCUGCCGCUGCGGGGGCGUAGCCGCAGGAUGGUGGCGGAGGAGAACGUGCGCGCCGUGGUCACCCUCACCGAGAACUACGAGACCCGCUUCUUCUGCUGUUCCCCACAGGAAUGGGAGGCAAUGGGAGUGGAGCAAUUGUGUCUCAGCACUGUGGAUCUAACUGGAGUCCCCACCUUGGAAAACCUCCACAAGGGCGUUGACUUCAUCCUGAAACACCGAGCCUCCGGUAACACUGUCUAUGUGCACUGCAAGGCAGGACGCUCCCGCAGUGCCACCAUGGUAGCAGCAUAUUUAAUUCAACUGCAUCACUGGAGCCCUCAGGAAGCAAUUCAGGCCAUUGCCAAGAUUCGUCCCCACAUCCUCAUUCGACACAAGCAAGUCCAGGUCCUGGAGAAAUUUCACAGGAACAUGAUCACUGGAACAGCUGCAUAAUGUCAGUAAGAACUACCAAAAUCCCCAUCUCAGCUGCUUAAAAAAAAUGUUUUUAUGAUCUAAUCAAGGCUUGUGUUGUUCUUCUUGACCAACAAUAAAGACGUUUUUACAUAAACUACAGUAAAGGG